AGCGGGAGCGGCAGUGGCGGCGGGAGGCUGAGGCUGAGGAGGAAGCACGGACGGACGGAGGGAAACCCUGGGGAUUGUCGGCCGGAGGAGGAGCGCGCCGAGGGCAGCGAGCGAGGCCCCGCGGGAUGGGCGCCCCGUGAAGCGGCGUCGGCGGACGGAGCCCGGGACCGUGGCCGUGGAUUAAGCGGGCGCGAGGGGCGCCUUCCUCGGGCGCCGGGCCCCGCCUUCUUCGCCUUCAGGAGCAGAGGAGGAUGGCGGCGGCGGCGGCGGCGGAGGAGCCUGAGGCGGCGGAGGCGGAGGCGUCGUGGUGGGCGUCCGGCCGCAGGGCCCCGGCCGUGCCUCCCUGCCGGCUGCUGCCGGUGCUGCUGGCCCUGUGCCGCCUGGCCACUCCGCUGGCGGCCAAGAGCCUGGAGUCCGUCGCCUGGAGCGCCAGCAACGCCAAAUUCGUGCCUGGGAAGGGGCUGGUCAUCUACCCAGAAAUCGGGGACAAGUUGGACAUCAUCUGUCCGAAGGCGGAGCCGUCCAGGCCCUAUGAGUACUACAAGCUGUACCUGGUGAAGCGGGACCAGGCGGACUCCUGCAGCACUGUCAUGGACCCAAACGUGCUGGUGACCUGCAACCGGCCUGAGCAGGAGAUCCGCUUUACCAUCAAGUUCCAGGAGUUCAGCCCCAAUUACAUGGGCCUUGAGUUCAAGCCGGGGCAGGACUACUUCAUCACCUGUGAGUACCCGCAUCCCCCACCAACUAGCCCUGUGGCACCUCCGGAACCUCUGCCCAUGGCUGGCGUGGGCCCCAGUCGCUUCUGCUACCAGCCAGCCAUAGGACCUGAGCCAUUCUUCUCUCCUUCUCCCCCAGAUCCCGUGAAUCAGGACGGGGGCCAGGAUGCGCAAAGCCCCACGGACAGCUUCUUCAACUCCAAGGUGGCUGUCUUUGCGGCCAUUGGGGCCGGCUGCGUGAUCUUCAUCCUCAUCAUCAUCUUCUUGGUGGUCUUCCUGAUCAAGGUCCGGAAGCGGCACCGCAAGCACACCCAGCAGCGGGCGGCUGCUCUCUCACUCAGCACUCUGGCCAGUCCCAAGGGCAGUGGCAACGCCGGCUCUGAGCCCAGUGACAUAAUCAUCCCCUUGCGGACUACAGAGAACAACUACUGCCCGCACUAUGAGAAGGUCAGCGGGGACUAUGGGCACCCGGUUUACAUUGUCCAGGAGAUGCCCCCACAGAGCCCGGCCAACAUCUACUACAAGGUCUGACUGGGGUGGCCGGGUUCAGAGGAGACACAGAGGAUGGAGAGGGGGGAAGGAGCACAGAGGGCCUGCGUAGUAGGUGGGGGUGACACCCUUGCCAGCCCCUGCCUGCCUGCCUGCUUGUCUGCCUGCCUACCUAGGGUGUGGGCGCUUGCACUGCAGAGGGGCCCACGGCGGAGCUCCCUGGCAAGAAGACCAGGACAGAGCGGGAGCACCCUCCAGCCGCCCCUGCCUUCCCCCCAACUCCAAGUAUUUAGUUUUGUAGUCUGGAGCUUUUGUAAUCCCAAGACUUGAGGAGGGAGAAAGAGAUGGAGGAGUCGAGACAAAGAUGGAGACGGAGGGGAGGGGGAGCCGGCGUGCCCCCUUUGCCCCCUCUGCUGCCCGCGCUUGGUCAAUCUCUGAGGUUGCCAACCUCGCUGCCACCCUCCUCUUCCUCUCCCGCCCCCCAGCACGUUCCGUGGCCCCCUUGUGAGGGCUUGGUGCCUUUCCUCACACUCGGACACGCCUGGUGGUUGCCCCCCAGGGGACAUCUCACCUCCACCACCAUCUUCACCCACCAUUGCCAUCACCACCGCCACCUUCUUGGCUGGCUUUCCUUGGGGCCCUGUGCUGCCUUCCUACCUGCCUUUGUUAUUAUAGAUUCAGAUAUUUGCGUGGGAGGGGAGGGGGUGGACCAUGUUUGGUUGGGGUGCCAUCAUGGGAAGGGAGCUGGCCACCUGCCCCAGAUGCACAGAAAUGUGGCGCCUGGAGGAGGGCAAGGAGGACAAUGGCAAAGGCAACAGAGACGAGGAAGCGGUCCAGCUCACCUUCUUCCUGUUACAAUUUUAAAAUAUUUUUUGUAUUUUUUAUAAUUGGGGAACACUGGGGGACCCAUCAGCUCCUCCCUCUCCCCUUCCCUGUCCCACGGGGGGAGGGGGCUGGGAUUGUUGGGGGUGGUUGGGGGACACCCCCCAAUGACCCCAAAGGUCUCCCAAGGACCAUUCUUCGUUCAGAGCAGCUGCCUUUUGGGCUUCAGCCAGGCUCCGUUUCCAUUUUACUUUUAUAAGGAAGGGAAUGGAAAAACAGAGUCCACCAUGGCGAGAAAACCUUCCUUUCUGUAACUGACCAGACGACUCUGGGGCAGAGUGGGAAGCUGGCAGGUGUGGCCCCUUGGGACUCGCAGCAGGGGCCUGGCCUUCCUCAUAGCUGGCAGAUGGGACCCCGGUGUGGGGAGGCCUGUUGGGACAGUGUCUGUCUGCCAGAGGACCAGGUACAGGGGCUUUUCCCCUUUGGCCAGCCUGGAUGUGCUGUCUGCAAGGUCCUCAGCAGGCAUUUGAUAGAGGGCAGGGGAACUGCCUCUGCAUUGCCCCCAGGACCUCUUUAGUGCUGGGUCUCUCUGCGGGAGGCAGUACAGUGCCAGCCUUAAAGCGCUCCUGGAUGGCCUCCUUUCACUUGCACAGCCGCCUCUUCCCAUCUGCGGUCAGUCUGAGGUGGGCAGGGGAGCCCACAGCCUCCGAGGCCAGUAGCUUUUUUCUGCCAGUGUGCCCAAGAGAUGAAGGAUGGAGAAGGCCCUGGCCAGGGAUUCCUCCAUCUAGGAAGUCCAGCAGCUUUCCCGGGGGCUUAUGGAGUGCAAAUGGGGGAGAGGCCCAGGUGUGAUUACUUGCAAGGGCCAGGCACUGGGGGAAAUGCUGGCAGCGGCCAUGGUGCCCAUGGGUUUCCCCAGAGGAGCCCAGGCAGAGCAAUGGGGGCUGGUGUCAGUGCACAUGGAGGCGGCAAAAACAUCUUCUGUCCCACGCCAGUCACUGCCCCCCAAACACGUUGGGAGGUGGGAGUUCAUUGCCCCCCCUCCAAGUAACAUUGCAUAUGUGAUGCCAGAAGCCUUGUGAGGAGGUGGGGGGUGGCUGUGCCUGGACCAAGGCCAGAGCAUGGCUGACCCACUCCCCCUCCCUGCCCCAUGGGGAGGGGAGGGGGCUGUGCACUUCGAGGCAUUGGGGGGGGGGCUCAGUGGCCAAGGGGGUGCACUUUCUCAGGGCUCCACGGGAUUUUUGAAAAUCAAAAAUCCAUGUUUAAAAUGAUUGGUUUUGGUUGACUGUUAAGAGUCAACACAUUUUAAGAGAACCUCUCCCCCCGCCCCCCACCCCCCGAAACUGUCUUGUUGCCAGAGUUGUAGAAACUAAUUCAAGUUACUCGAAAUAUGUUUUGGGGGUGGGUGACGAGAGCGACUUCCUUCUGCCCUGGUUCUCUGCAGAUGGCGUUUCUCUUUGCUGGACCUUUCGGGCUUUGCUCCCAAGCGAUCCAAUUUGGGGAUGGCUUUUGCAGCAUCUCUACCGUAGUCUGGUUUCGCCCUGAAGUGUGUGUGUGUGUGUGUGUGUGUGUGUGUAUGUAUGUAUGGGGGGAGUCUGUACAUGUGUGGUUUUGCUCACCAUCCCUCAGCAGUCAAAGGAAAGUGACUUGUCUGGGAUAUCCAUCCCUAAACAAACCUCCUGAAUGUCAGAAUAGGUUAGUCUGCAGUUCUGAAAAACUACAGGCAGCCGAACUUGGAUGGGCUCCUUGUGUGUAUAAGGAGGGAGCUGAAAGGGCCCAGGAGAAUCCAGGGGAACCAGGUGUCAAGGGGAGGCCAGAAUGGCACUGUUUUUAACAGCCCUGGCUCUGCCCCCAAGGAAUCAUGGGACUUGUAGUUGGGAUGUGUGCUACAUGAUGGCUGGCUGGCUGGCAAUACCGAACUGCCCUUCCUACAGCCUCAGGAUGCAUAUCUGAAAAGUUUUAAUCUAUUUUUCCAGGGGAAAAGGAGCAUAGCCCACCAUGGUUUGGCCAAGAACUGCUGGCAUGGGCUUCUCUGGAGGCUGUUAAAUAAGGGCAGCAAGGAUAUAUAAAACAUAAUACUCCAGAGGAAAGGAUCAAAAUUCAAAAUGACCUUAAUAGAUUAGAAAGCUGGGCCAAAACUAACAAAAUGCAUUCCAACAGAGAGAAAUGUAAGGUACUGCACUUAGAGAAAAUAAAAUGCGCAGAUAUAUAUAUAUAUAUGAUGGAGGACCCCUGGCUUAGUGAGAGUUAUAGUGUGAAAGGGAUCUAGGAGCACUAGCAGACCACAAGUUGAACAUGAGUCAACAGUGUGAUAUGGCAGCUAAAAAAGCCCAUGGAUGUUCAAGUCUCAUUAAAUACAAUGGUGUAGUAAAAUGAUGUCCCUUGUAUAAAAUGGCAAAAUCAAGGUUACUCUUUGGAAUGUAUUUUUGGGAAUAUUUUCAAGACAUGGAUAAAGAAUCCAUGGAUAACAAAAAUCUGUGGAAAUGGAGGUCUGCAGUCCCAUAGUGGAUAUUUCUUGGGGAAAAUGCACUGGACUGUUUGAAGGAAUGUAUAUAUCUGCAGAACAAGAGAGAGAGAGAUGAGCAAGUUCCCCAUGCUCCCUGGCAGACUGCCCCUCCUUGACAUCUGGACUCCUUCUCCAUCACAUAAUGGUGGGAGAAGCCCAGGUGGGUCUGGCUGGCCAGAGAGAGACCCAGGGGCAGGAGAUUGGCACAGGUUUUGCCAGCUAUGUGCCAGUCCAUGUGUGUUUCUGUGCAGGACAAUUCCCCUGAAACACUUGCAGGUGUGCAAAUACGAAGCAGAGACUGCCUGGCAGCACAUGCUUUCUCCUGCAGGAGUGUGGGGCAGGAGGGAGUGCGCAGGCCUCCCUUUCCUUCAUGCAUCUCACACUACUUACUCACACACUACUCACAAGCAAGGGCUUCACAGUUUUCCCCACUUGAAAUUAUCUCUGGGGAGGGGGUUUCUGCCUUGCUGCCUCCACCACAGUGGCGUCUGCCAUCUUUCCCCCUUUGCUGGACACUCGUGGUUAUCCAGGGUGGGCCCGAAGGCUUUGAGGAUGUGGGGAGCCCCCUGUGCCCAGGCGAAAGGGUGUGUGUGUGUGUGUGUGAUCCCCAGCAUGAAGGGAGUGCAACCCCUGGGCUUUGGCAAAAAGACCCCUGGAAUGGGCUGGUGGAGAGGAGGGGGACAGGUGUCCAUCUGGGUUGUUGGUCUCUCCUUGUUUUUGUUAUUUUGCAAAUGCAUCUCCAUCUGUUGCUCCUCAAGCAGUUUCAUUCCCUUUUUUUACUCCAUCAAAAAGAUCCUCCCCUUGCUCCCCAUUUUUGGAGUUUUUAUUUUGUGUAAAUAACUGGUCUUUUUUGGAAGAUAAAUGUAAAGAUGUUUUGUAUAAACUCUGGUUUAUUAUAAGAACCUUUUUAAAAACACAAGAAAAACAAACCCAAACUGAACCGCCUUUGCAAGAAAGAGCGUGUGUGACGAUGUGUUUGCCAUUCUGCAGCUUUUCCAAUGGCAAAAGUGUGUGUGUCUGUGUGCGUUUGUGUUGGAAAGAGGCUGUCUUGAGGACCAGGCUGGGAAUCCAAGGAGAAAGCUGACCCCACAACCCACCUUGGGAGCAAAGAUUGGGGUAGAACCUCAGCCUGCUGAGAAUGGGAAGGAAAGGCAGCUUUGGACUUGCCUGAGUGUCUGGCAUUCAUGGCAGGGCUGACCACGCAGGGUCAAAACUGGCUCGGGGGGGGGGGGAGGGGGACCCUUGGGAACCCCCCCCCCCCCCCCCCCCCAGGAUCUCUCUGUCUAACUGUCCCGUUUCCUAAAGAGCCUUGCAAGGCCUCUGCUGUGCCACCUCCGCCUUCCUGGCCACGGAUGGGUGCCCAGAGUUCCCUGGACGGAACCAACAUUCCUUCCCUCCUGCAGCUCAAAGGCAUCAAGGUGUUGUUACUGGGGGCUCUCUUGGUAUGGAUGGAUGGCAACCCCCAUCAUUAGCCCUCCUGGCUAAAAGUGGAUGGGAGUCACAGUCUGCCAACAUCUGGCUGAAAGUUGCCCCCUUCCGGACCAGUGCCAGAAAUGUGCUCCAGGCGGAGACUGUGCCCCUGCUGUCCUUCGAGGAGGCCAGUCCUCCGUAGCAUUUGCCACCCCUGGCCACUGAUGCUGCCAGCUAGUGCCAAAUUGGCAGAACCCCCUUGAUUAACGCCAUCCCUCCAGGGUGGGUCCUGUGUGCCCAAGAGAGCUGUGGGUCAAACCCAGCUGCCUUCACUUCUAGCCCUCUGUGUGCCCACUCUUCUGCUCUUGCAGCCUCCAGCUCUCUGGCCUUAGGGUUGGGUAGCCUUGUUUAGGAGGGGUGCCCUGCUGCCCACGCACACACACACACACACACUCACACACAGACACAAUCCUGAGAGAACUCCCUUUCCUCCCCCCCUUCCCCCCCAAAGGCCCCCCCCCCCAUGGUGAUUCUGCCGUGGAGCGACUGAGACAAUCCUGAGAACUGAGCCCCCUCCCCAGCCAGAGGCCAGCCACCAAGAUUUUUUUGGGAGGGGGAUGAUUGGGUUUCACGUUUGGUUUCCACCCCACAGUCACGUCUCUGCCGCCUCCUUAGGGCACUUCACCUGCGAACCCCCUUCUCCUCCUCCUGCCCCCAAAGUGUCCUACCUGGUCUCUCUCUCCUCCCCCCCCCCCGUGGACUGCAUUUGGUCCUCGUGGGCGGAGGCGUCCAAUGUCCGGCCGGGGCCCCUGUGGCGGCUGCCAGUCACAUCCAUCCGCGUUUGGUUUUGAUGUUCGCCAAGGGCUCAGGGCGCCAGGUGCCCUUCGGGGGAUGCUGGGUCUGCCAGAACAGUGUCAUGUUUUUUAUUUCCAUUUUGGCCAUCCUGUCACUUUCCAGCGGUUGCUUUCAGCCUUUCUGUACACAACCUUCACCCAGUUCCCAUAUCAUCAUUGUCAUCAGUAGUCGAUAAUACGGGAUUUGCGUUCCCUGGAGCCAUGAUGGAACCUGAUAUAUUGUUAAAUAAAUGAUUUUUUCCUAUGGAA